CUCGUACCCUAGCAUCGCGAUCGUGCAGUGUAGUGAUCGCGAUGUAGAACAGUUCUGUUCCGCACUUCAGUUGUCCUAUUCGGGCUUAUUCCGGGCUUGCCAUCGGUGAUUGAUCUGCAAACUUGCGGUCAUUUGUUCAGUACAUUGCGCUCUGGCAUCGCGUGUGUUCGUGCGUAAUGUGCUGAUGCACCAUACCACGUGAGCGAUCAACAGACAGACGUGCGUUAUUCGGAAGCUCGCUUAAACGGAUCCAAUUAGAUCGUGCAGCGUGGUUACGGCCAGGUCGCUCAAGCUCAGCCUCCGAGAAGUUCCGUGAUGAUUAAUAGCGAAACAAUAAUUGUGUUAAAGUUAAACAGCGAUGCACUAAUCGCACGUCACAGCAGUGUAACCCCGGCCGUGUAAUCGUGAGUGUUUCAUAGUUGUUCGCCAAAAUAACUGCCAGUAUCAGCAGCCGAACAACAAUCGAUGCAUUUGUUCUCGUUCCCACGAAUGUAGCGUCUGCUGGAGCGUAUUUAAAACAUACGCCUGUGAUCAUUUUCCGACUCAGUCCGUCAGGUUCAGGUGUUGUUGAUAGCUGCUACAUCGGGUCGUGCUGAACGUUUGCGCCAGUGUCCGUUUGUGUUACCGUAGUGUUGCAUUUAGAAGCAAGUGUAAACCAUAAAAUGUUGUCAAAAGGGCAUGUUAUGAUGGUGGCACUGUGUGCUGUUUGUGCCAUCUUCGGCACAACAACUGUGGAAGGGGCUGCGCUUAACCGAUCGCCCCGUCAGCUAAGCAGCUUACUAACACUAAGCGGUGAAUCAAACGCACGAAUUGAAAAUGGUACCAUUAUUUGUGACACGCUCAAGUGCCCGGCCGAAUCGUUCAAGUGCGUAAUUGUCAAAAACUCCACCAAGGACGACGUAAACAAGGUACAGGUCACGCGCGAGUGCCUUGAUCCAGCGGGCAAGGCGACGGCCAAGACGGUCACCACCGAGGCGUCGAACUUCCCGGGCCAGCAGUUUGAGAGCUAUGCCGAAAUCGAUAAGAAUGGCAACAUUGCAUCGUUCGACAAUCGCGGCAAUACGUACAAUCAUUCGGGAACCGGUGACAUUCAUUCCUAUCUCUACGAGCAGAUAGAGGACCUACACAAGGCGAUACUCGAUCAGCUGUCUAAUGCUGGCAAUCCGUUCGGGGCGUAGUGAGCUACAGUCAAACAGACACACACAAACUCGCACACGUCCAAACUGGUACCGUAUAGAUUAGUCCGAAAUAAAAAAAUACAAAUAAAGUUGAUCUUUUGCUCAGCUCAA